CGAAAAGGAACUCUUGAUGCGCGGGAGCCUUUUGCGCACGCGCCAACGUGGCCGGAAGUGGCUUCCCAUCGGAAGAGAGUAGAAAACGGAACGUCACCGGAUGUUGCUGUCCGGUCCAAGCGGGGUCGCGUCUGGCUGGUGGGCGGGCCGCGCAGGCGUAGAGAGCUCCAGCCGCGCCGGCUCAGGUGGACUCAGGUGAGGUAGGCAGAGUAUACCUGUGGGGCCCGGGCGGCCAGUGCAAGCCCCCGUGGGCGCAGUUAGCCGCCAGGUAAGGCUCGAGGCUGACGGACAGGCUCCGGAAGGGGCGCGGGCCCGCUCGGCCUGUAUUCUCAGAGAGGGAUGUGGUGACGCCCCUGAGCGACCAUGGCAGCGGCCGACGAGCUGACCUUCCACGAAUUUGAAGAAGCCACUAAUCUUCUGGCUGAGACCCCAGAUGCAGCCACCACGAGCAGAAGUAAUCAGUUGACCCCACAAGGGCACGUGGCUGUGGCUGUGGGUUCAGGUGGCAGCUAUGGAGCCGAGGACGAGGUGGAGGAGGACAGUGACAAGGCAGCGCUCUUACAGGAGCAGCAGAAGCCACAGCCUGGAUUCUGGACCUUUGGCUACUAUCAGAGCUUCUUUGACGUGGACACCUCACAGGUCAUGGACCGGAUCAAAGGCUCACUGCUGCCCCGGCCUGGCCACAACUUUGUCCGGCACCAUCUGCGGAAUCGGCCGGAUCUGUACGGUGAGCGAGGCCCUUUCUGGAUCUGUGCCACGCUGGCCUUUGUCCUGGCUGUCACCGGCAACCUGACACUGGUGCUGGCCCAGAGGAGGGACCCCUCCAUCCACUACAGCCCCCAGUUCCACAAGGUGACUGUGGCCGGCAUCACCAUCUACUGCUACGCGUGGCUGGUGCCGCUGGCGCUGUGGGGCUUCCUGUGGUGGCGCAAGGGUGUCCGGGAACGCAUGGGGCCCUACACCUUCCUGGAGACCGUGAGCGUCUACGGCUACUCCCUCUUCAUCUUCAUUCCCAUGGUGGUCCUGUGGCUCAUUCCCGUGCCGUGGCUGCAGUGGCUUUUUGGGGCGCUGGCCCUGGCCCUGUCAGCUGCUGGGCUGGUGUUCACCCUCUGGCCGGUUGUCCGAGAGGACACCAGGCUGGUGGCUGUGGCGCUGCUGUCUGCCGUUGUGCUGCUCCAUGCUCUCCUGGCCCUGGGCUGUAAGUUGUACUUCUUCCAGUCACUGCCUCCGGAGCACCUGGCGCCUAUGCCCCAAGUUUCACCUCUGCCCCCAAAUGUGCCACUGCCAUCCACCCUGCCGCAGUCCAUGGCCACCUCCUAAGAAGGCCCAGAUCCUGCAGGGAAAACCUCAGGGGACAUGUCUGUCUGUCAGCCACACCCCGACGAUGACUGGAGGCUCCCUUGACACCUCAAGAUCACUCUGCUGCUUUCCAGACUUUUCUUACAAAGCAAACACGUUUAUUUUCUAUGCAAAGGUGAUUCAGAGAAUUUAUAUAAAGGCGGGGGAGGGGCAGCUGAGCAGGGUGCUUCCGCCAGAGCAGGGCCAGGGGCCCCCACAACCCCGGCUGCCUGCGGGGACCUCCUGCUUUCCCUGACACGACUCCACUCGCCCGCCGCAGGAGGCAGGGCCAAGGGGCAGCCCCUCCCGAGCGCCCGUCAUGCCUGGUUGCGCGCUGCGGGGCCGCACCCGGCCUGAGCUCCAGCUCUGGGUUUGGGGUGUUAGAAACGAGGGAGCAGAAGGAGAAGAAAACUGCCUGUGCUGAAACACACAUUUCCUCGGCUGUUUAUUUCAUUUUUCUCUUUCUUUUUUUUUUUUUUAAAGGGGGAGGUCCCUGCAUGGUCCCUUCCCAGUCUGGGGAGGGGCCAAAAUGCCAUCCUAGUAGUAGGGACUGGAGCGUCUAUGCGUAUGGAGGGGAAAUACACAGGCCUGACAUUAGCUACAGGGAGAAGGACGCCUUCCAUGACAGAUCCUUGAGGUGUGUCUGUCUGCCCCAAGUGGCUGACGGUGACUCUCCCUCCAGGCCCAGGGCCUGCGGCCACGUGUUCUAGCUCUGGGUGUGGGGUGCAGGGGACCUGCAGGGGCUCAGGGACAGGACAGCAGCAAGAGGCAGGGGCCGAGGACGGAGGCCUUCCUGACAAUGGGGUGGGUCGUACAUUCAAGUGUGAGGUGAACCCUUUGGUGGGGAGGGGCCUUGGCAGGCCGCCCUCACCGCUGAGCCUCUGAGUCUGGGGGAGGGGCUGCUGGCUCGGCCUGCCAGCCUGGCUUCUCAGAGGGUCUGUGGAUUGACACUGGUUCUUUUUGUAAAAAAAUAAAAUUAAAAAAAGCA